AUGUUCCUUGUUUCAUGGGCUGCAAUGGCCCACCAGACUGGGCCCACCACCACCAUGUUUGCAACCACCACUUGCCACCCAUGUUUUCGUCGUUCCCUCCUCAGCCCUCGCCGUCCAGGUUCCAUCCACCCUUCUCUACACCACAUGUACACCUUGAUCUCCGACCUCCCUCCCCCUCCAACAUCCGCCGAAACCGCUCUCCUCAGCCGCAUAUACUACGUCAAGGCGGAGCAGCUCCAGCGCAUGCAGUCCCUCGCCGCCAUGCGCACAAAGCUCGAGUGUUUCUCCGCGUUCUUGUGGAAGAUGGUUGCACGUGCAGCUUCAAGAGACACAAACAGUAAAAGGGUUGUGGCCAAAAUGGGCAUUGUGGUUGAUGGAAGGAAAAGACUAGGCAAUGGUUACAAAGAGAAUGAAGCAAUGAUGGAGUGUUACUUCGGGAACGUGCUUUCCAUACCCUUUGGAGGGAAACUAGCGGAGGAGUUGGUGAAUGAGCCGUUAGGGUUUGUGGUGGAGGUUGUUCAUGAAUUUUUAGCGGCGGCAGCCACGGAGGAGCAUUUCUUAGGGCUAAUUGAUUGGGUGGAGAGUAAGAGACCGAUCCCUGGAGUGUCACGAAUUUAUUGUAAUCGUGCCAACGAAGGACCUGCCUUUGUAGUGUCCUCUGGACAGAGAUUCCCGGAGGACAAGAUGGAUUUUGGGUGGGGGAGGGUUGUGUUUGCAUCCUACCAUUUUCCUUGGGGUGGUGAAGCUGGUUAUGUUAUGCCAAUGCCAAGUCCUCUAGGGAAUGGUGAUUGGGUUGUGUACAUGCACCUUGCAAAGAAACAGUUGGAGAUCAUAGAGAGUGAGGCUGCUCAUGUGUUUAAGCCCUUAACUUGGGACUACCUUAACCAAUAA